UUAUAUGUAGAACGUGGAGCAUGAAUGUACAUAUGUACAUAUGUUGGAUGCUGAAAGUAACUUGUUGGUAAGCGUUGCGGUGGCGCAGGUGCAAAAGUGCAACUACCAGCUGGCGGGAUAUGGCAUGGUGGACAAACUACGUUAGGUACUGGUACUUGUAGUAUAUUAGGUACCUACCUGAGUAUUAGUUUCGCGCAUUCGAGUUUCAGUUUCGCGAUUGCGCGUAUCCGUUUGAGCGAGCUGCAUCCAACAGCAAACAGGUGUUUUUGGCGUAUGCCUACGAUUAUCAUGUAUGUACGUACAUAGAUGUACAGUACAAAUAUGUCGUGUAUGUAAUGUACCGGUACGUACACGUAGCACGUACGUAGCUUCUUCUACCCGUUUGUAUUCUUAUCCAGCUUUAUCGUGUCGAUGCUUCGUCUUCGGUUCUGACUGUUGUCAACCUCAUUUCGUGACCGCAACGCAACGCAACGCAACGCAACGCAACGCACCACCUUUGAAAGAGUACGAGGCGGAGUAGGCUGCAGCGGUAGCAUCUGAGUCACAUGUGUGCGUAUGAAGACGUCGACGUGGACUGCGGCGUAUGCGAAAGUUUUUGUUACUGCACUGUUGGCGGCUACACUGGCGCAUUUCAUAUCAUCUACGACGUCUGGCGACGCGGCGCCUGUACCGGCGGUGACGAUGACGGUGCCUUCCGGCUCUACCACCACCAGAUCUAUUCAAGCUUGCGGCUCAGCGUUGGCCGAUCUACUCAAAAAAGUUUGUCGUAACGGGUACAAUGCGCCGCCACCUUUAUCCAAUCGAUCCGAUCAUCGUACGCAAUAUUCGAGAAACGAUGACGACGAUGGUCGAGAAAAACGAGCCAUCACGCGAGAAUGUUGCCUGCACCCCUGUACUUUGGCAGAUUUGUUACAAUACUGUAACAUCGCUUCUUCCAAAAAUGACUUGUGGCCGCAUCAUAGCGUCGGCGGCGGCGGCGGCGGCGGCGGCGGCGGCGGCUGUGUUGUCGAUGGUAAUACCAAUACCAAUGCGAGUACUACUGCUUCGGUGCCAACCACGAGUACUCGUCGCGGUCGCACCGAUACGGGCCUAGGCUUAGGCGUAGGCGCAACACGGAUUAAUUCGCCGCGGCGGUGGCCACCUGAAGCCAGCACGCUUCCCAACACGGUUGACUCGAAUCAAUGGAAUGUAAAAGCCAAACCCUCUGGCGCUAUCUAUUUCCGUCAGCAGAAUAAACCGUCGUCCUUCACCAUCGCCAUCGCCAAAGCCAAAGCCAACGAAAAACCACAAGGAUGAGAAAAUGGCGCGAGUAACUCCAUGUCUAUUGUCUACCCUCUGUGCAUAUAUGUACCUACACAUACAUGUACUUAUACUUACCUAUUGUACUUACGUGUAGCUGUAGAUAUUACGAGUACCUAUACGCGUAUAUUAUGGUAGCGACCGAGUAGGUAUAUCCUAUUCCGUAUUCCGUAUUCCGUAUUCGUAGAGAGAUUUGUCGGAUGCAUGGCAUUCAGGCAUUGCCGCAUUGGAUUGGCAUGGUAUGGCGGCGCGGUGCAAUUCGGUAGUAGGAAAGGCAUAUGGUUCGAUCCCCGGUCAGGGUGAACAUUUUUUUGUUGUUAGGAAGAUUUUAUUCCGUAUUUUAACGAAUCAGCCGCUUCCAACAGGCAUUUUUCCGCCGGCGAAUCCAUUGUCAAAUGGGGGCAGGCGGCACGCGGCACGCGGCAGCUUUCGAAUUGUCCCAACGGUCCCCAAGACAGUGACAGGGGCACAGACGAGAGAGAAAGAUCAACGCGAACAACUAAGUGUAAGUACAUAGGUACGUGUACAAUCGGUGUCACCCUCACUACACUACACUACACUACACUACACUACACUACUCGUAUUUACGGCGAAUCGCCUAUGCAACUUAUUUAACGCGCCGAUUGUUGCUUGCCUGGGUUGGGUGAGGUGAGGUGAUGAGAGUUGGCUCAGGGCAAUGUACGAGUAUUGCGGACUAACUUGACGAGCUUUAGUCGCAAGUGCUUCGUUGGUCUUGGUAUGUCUAUGUACGGAUACGAAUACGAGUCGAGCUUACCGCUUACAGCUGGAAUUGGUCGCCAAGCCGCCACGCGCCAGUACCCCCACACCCACACCCCACGAUACGCAAGCGGUUGCAUUUGCAAUGUGUUGUACGUACACGUAGUAUGUACUUACGAUUAGUUACUUACCUCCCUAGUCUCUACAUAAGUACUGCAUACUCGUAGUCGUAUGUAUAGCUGGAGCUGGUAACCUGGUAUUACGUAUCGUCAUACGAAUGCUGAUUGGCGAUUGGCCGUAAUACUCGUGUUAAACGUUGGGCACCUACGCUACGCUACGUUACGUGUUACGUACUCUCUCGCCCUCGCCUAGGCGUAUCUCAGCUUACGCAAUAAUUCAUCGUAGGUAAUGUUCGGUGUUACGAGAUGCUCUAUGUAAUACUACUCGUAGUAUCAAUACGUAUGUAUACUCGUACGAGACAUGUAAAUUACUCGUAGCUACCUGUACCUACCUUCUUGUAUUGUUUAUGUAGAUUGUAGAUGUACCGUAUGCGGUAUGCGGUAUCGGUAUGUACAUAUACAUUGUGCCACUGUCCAGUACGUUGACGUUCAUCUAUUCGACAUUUCAAUAGGUAGGCAGUAGGCACUAGGCCGAAGCCCCAAGGCCCUAGGGGUAGCGUAGCUUUCUGAUACGAGGUGCCGCCGAAUAUACGAGUAUCGUGGUCGACAACGACAAAUGGUCUGCGCGCAAUUUCCACUCGCUCUCUGUUCGAAACCAAAAUUGUAGGAUUUUGAUUGGGAAUUACGCGCGAUGCCAUUGCCAUUGCCAUUGGCCACGCAUCCACCAUCCACCGUCCAUCAAAUACUCGUAGCAAAUCUUAAGAGCGUUGAGCGAUGAGGGCCAAUCAAACAAAAUACACCAACACCGUGAACGUAUGAAAACUUUUAUCGAUUUAAUAAAUACGUAAAACGAAAAAUAAAAUUGUUCCACAUUCGUUCCACUAGACACGAAGCACGCAGAGGCGUAGCGAAAGUAGGCAGCGGGGAAAGGUACCUCGUUUCACGGAAUGCAGGUAUGUAGGUCUAGGUACCUAGGGGCGAGGCGAGGCUAGGCAAGACUAGACGUACGAGUACGUCCAACUCUCUAGAUCGAGACUCGCCACCGCGCCGCCGGUUCCCGAUAACCUUACUUUUUUCUUUCUGUAUUUUCAUUUUCAUUUUCGUCCACUUUCGAGGUGAGAUCGCAAUUCGCAACUCUCUCCAAAACGUGAGUGCCUCGUUACGCCUCCGCCAUACACUUCGUAAAUUUAUGUAUCAAGUAAACAGAUUCUUACUCUACAUUAUUCUUUAUUAAUGUGCAAAAUGUUCAACUAACUAAAUCAUACGAGAAUAUUUUCACUUGUUACAAAGAAAAAUUUACUCGCGUAAAAAAAGUAGGUAUCUAAAUAGGUAAUACUUAAAUAGUAUUUCAAAAUUAACCAACGGGUAAACGCUACGGUUUCAUUAUUUAUUAUUGUUAAUUUCUUUUUUUCCUUUUUUAUCCUUUUUUUCAAAGUAGGUAGGUAAAUUCUUUCGAACGUUUUACUUCGUUGUUUUUCUUGUUUUGCUUUUUAAUUCGUAAUUCGCAUUCGUAUAUAUGUAUUAAUAAAAUAGAAAUAGAUAUACUUACAUACGAAUAUCUAUAGACCUAUGUAUGUAGUAUAAUAUGCAAAAAGAAUUCACAUUACUUUUGGCUUUUUUUUUUUGGUCAAUUUUUUUGGUUUUAUUUUAUAUAACAAAAACUGAUAUAUUUACGUAUUCAAAGUAAUAAAAUGUAGUAAAAAAAAAAAAAAAAAAAAAAAAAAAAA